CGCGAGUUUCUCCGAAGAAGCCCAUCCGCGAUCACAGAUUUAGUGAUUUAACCUCUGCAUAGCAGCCGCGGCAUGUCAGCGGCGCGUGCUCGCCGUCCGCAAUAUCACUUCCUAUCCUCUCUUUCUCUCUUUCUCUCUUUCUCGCUCGCUGGCAGCCGGCGUCGGCUCGCGGGGCAAAGGUCGUUCGGCGUACGCGCUCCCUCUCUGCUCGGCUGGACGGCUUCCCGUCAGUCGCCGAUCGCAAGUCAUCGCUGUCACAUAGAGCUCUCACUCCCCGACCGACGCGCGGAAGACGAUGGUCCAGCUAGUCUCGAGUCUGGAGGCCGAAGACCUUGAGCCCGCCAAAGCUUCGUAGCCCCAAGAGAGAGAGAGAGAGAGAGAGAGAGAGAGAGAGAGAGAGAGAGAGAGAGAGUGCGCGCAGCAAAUAGCACCGAGCCCUUGAUGGACCGAUCGCCGAGUUGCCGUUCCCACUAGUGCGCAUCCCCGCCAUGAACCUGGUUAUCGUAGUGGCCGUCGUCCUGCUGCUGACGAGCGGCGGAGCCGUGUCCGGCUCCUGGAGCUCCAUGGCGAACCCCUUCAAGUCCGUCUGGCUGAGCCUCUACUCGCCCACGGAGCCGAGCAGCACCUCCUCCUCGUCGGCGGAGAGCAGCGAGUGCAGCGGCUGCGCCCAGAACCGCGUGGCCGAGCUCGAGCCCGACCCCAUACUCACCGAGCUCAGGGUCGAGUACGUCAAGCAGCAGAUCCUCCGCAAGCUCAGGCUGGAGAAACCGCCGGAGGUCUCGCUCUCGCUCUCCACCCUGCCCAAGCCGCUGAUCAACGGACACGUGCUCGAGCUCAAGCCCGGCGAGCCGCUCGAGCCGCAGAUCCCGGCCGAGAGCUUCUACGGCAAGACCAACCAGAUCGUCGUCUUCCCCAACGAAGGCAUACCCUACUCGAAAAAGUGCCGGCAGAGCUCGAACCACAUAACCGGCUUCAACCCCGCGGCCUGUUUCACCUUCUUCCUGCCGAACGAGAUGCAGUUCGUGGCCGUGACCUCGGCCGAGCUCUGGUUCUACAAGGAGGAGGACAAGAACGACAGCUUCAACCAGACCUUCGUGCUCUCGGAGCUGGACCACUGGGACCAGCGCGGCAGCUUCGAGAAGAACACCAUCAUGGCCAUCUUCGAGACCACCAUCGGAGAGGGCUGGGUGAAAACGGACGUGAGCUUCGCGGUCCGCAAGUGGGUGGAGAAGCAGCGGCUGAACCACUCGAUCCAGGUGGCCUGCAGCACCUGCACGAUCGAGCGCAACACCGCGCCGGUCUCGAUGGAGGCGCGGCUCAAGCCGUUCCUCGUCAUCCAGACGGUCCCGCUACCCCAGCGCUACCGGCCCAAGCGCAACAGCAACUGCCAGCCCGACAUGAAGGAGUGCUGCCGGGACGAGCUCUACAUCAGCUUCGAGGACAUCGGCUGGAGCGACUGGAUACUCCACCCUAGCGGCUACCACGCGUACUUUUGCAGGGGCUCCUGCUCGACCGCCGUCUCGCUCACGAUGAGCGGCACGCACCACAACGACGUUAUCAGGAGGUUGUUGGCACGAGGCAAAGCCUUUCACCGUCGGAACGAAAUAGUGCCCUGCUGCUCGCCGACCCAGCUCUCGCCGAUCCAGCUGCUCUACGUCGACUCGAACAACACCAUCACCCAGAAGACGCUGCCGAACAUGGUGGUCGAGGCUUGCGGCUGCAUGUGAGAGUCGCGCAGCCCUGAUGUCUCUCUGUCGAAAGUAUUGCCGAGUAACGUGUACUCCUCCCGUUUCGAUUCUGCCGCCGCUUUCCUCGUUCAAGAUGAAUAUGCAUUUCAUUUAGAGUACGGAUUCUUAAUUUUCAAUGUACAAAUGCACGAGGGACAUACGCUCACGCGCAGAGACGCGUGGAAAUCCCGAGAAAUUAUCAACGAUCUUCUUUGAUCUCUCGAGGGAAAAAAAUUGGAGCAUUUUUCCCGAGGCUAAGUGAAUCAUUGAUGAAUUUCCUGUGUUCCUGGCCAAAGCAGUAUUUUUACGAAUCCCUCUUAUAUACUUCUUCUGUGUAAUCGCGUAACUGUAGUUGUUUACUUUUAAAAAAGUUCUUAUAUAUUGGUGAAUUGUACUUGAAUGAGAGCGUGACUUAACUCUGUACAGUUGCUAUGUACCAGUCCAUAUUUAUUACUUGAGAAUAUGUCUUGGACUACGUGUUUUGUAUAUGUUUUUACUUUUUAACUACUGCUAUCUCCGCUCUGAUGAGUUAGGCAAGAAAUAAUCUAUCCAAUAUAAGCAUAAUAUUAAACGUACGCGUUAUACUUAAUAUUCUAUACACUCGUGUCGCUAUUUAUUUUCAGAUGCGGAGCUUUUAUGAACUAUUAUUAAUUAACGUGUUUACAUCCAGUCGUUAUCAAGAGAAAACGUAUCGUGUCAGUGAAUGCUUUUGCUCUCCGAUUAGAUGUUACUUUUCCUUUUAUAUAAGUAAUAGCUGUAGGUUUUGCGACUCGACGGCAUCGAUUACCCUCCGAUGCCGGCUGUACAUAGAUUUUAUUUUUGUAUAAUAUACUUUGAAUAAUAAUUUCUUCAUUUGCUCCAGGCAGCCGCACGACCCAAUAACUCUCAUCUCGAUCAUUUCGCUCGUGCGCGCGAGGAACGAAUUUCGGGUACGUCACAGUGACAAUUCUAUAUGCUAAUUGUAUAAGCGCUUGCGAGAAUCAUGUGUACGUGAUUUCCUCUCAAACGCUCUGCGAUGCUCGGCUCUCUCUCUCUCUCUCUCUCUCUCUCCUUCUUAUAUUGCGAGUUGACAAAGGAACGCUGAUUGGUGAGUUUACAUGUGAACCUGCAACCUCGAUUAAAACAAUGCGAUAGACACAUGGAGAGAGAGAGAGAGAGAGGGAGUGCGAUCGCCGAAGCAAAUUAAUGCGUGUUGCGAUCUUUGUAACAUGUAAUAACGAUGAUAGCGAACUUUUAUAUAUUUGCGUGCGAUACGCAGUUAGUUAUAAGCGCAGCUCUCAAAUCCUCUAUAGAUAAAUCCGAUGUAUGCGAAUUGUUAUAAGUGCUGUAAUAUUUCGAAUUGUUAAUUAAAAAAUAUUCAGAAAAAAAAAAAAGAAACAGAUGAACUA